AGCACCUUCCAGGUGCUCAGCAACCUGAAGAUCCUGAGCACGGCACUGCUGCACAGCCUCCUGCUGCGCCGGCGCCUGGGGCCGCGCCGCUGGCUGGCCCUGCUGCUGCUGCUGGGGGCCGGGCUGUGCUACAGCUGCGGGGGGCUCCGGGGGCGCGGCAUUCCCGGUGGGAUGCACCUCCACGUCACACCCGUGGGGCUGGUGCUGCUCUGCGUGUACUGCCUCAUAUCGGGCCUGUCUGCUGUCUACACUGAAGCCAUCCUGAAGGCGCAGCCGCUGCCGCUUGGCCUCCAGAACGUCUUCCUCUACUUCUUCGGGGUGCUGCUCAACCUGGCGGGCUCCCUGUGGGGCGGCACCGAGGGCGGGUUCCUGCGGGGCUUUUCCCCGUGGGUGCUGCUGGUGGUGCUCGGCCAGGCCCUCAACGGCCUCAUCAUGUCGGUGGUGAUGAAGCACAGCAGCAACAUCACCAGGCUCUUCAUCAUCUCCUGCUCCAUCCUGGUCAACGCCCUGCUCUCCGUCGCCCUGUUUGACCUGCAGCUCACCCUGCUCUUCUUCGUGGCCGUGGCAUGCAUCGGCCUCGCUGUGCACCUCUACUACGGAGUCACGUAGCCACUGCCUCCCUCCCGCGUGUCCAGGCAACCCCAGCCCUUCCUCAGGGCUGGAAUUGGUGCUGGUGGGCGCCUGCACAGCUCCAGGGACCCCCCGACAAGGAGUGCCCUGUCCCUGCGUCCAGGGGGAAGCUGGGACCUGCUCCAGCCUGGCAAAGCUCAGUGUAACGGGAUCCAUGAGGUGUGCCCAGCCUCAGGGUCCUGAGCCCUGUGUGAGUGUCUUAUAGUCUCAAGCUGCGCCAGGGGAGGUUUAGGUUGGACAUCAGGAAGAAUUCCUUUCCAGAAAGGGUGAUGAAACAUUAGAAGGGGCUGCCCAGGGAGGUGGUGGAGUCCCCAUCCCUG